AUGAGCCUUUGUGAAGUUAACGUGAACACAGUAGCCUCAGACUCAACAGGGGAUGUCAAAAAGAGCGGCGCUCCUCCAGUACUGGCCACAUACGUCAGCCCUCCACGCAAUCCAGGAGCUGCCGUCAUCGCGCAGCAACAAAGGCGCCUCGAGUCUGCUGGUAUGGGCUCUGGUUGUGCGACAAAAAAAUCGAUGUCUACGCAGGAAUACCCAACUAUGCCGGGACUGUGUGGUGGUGGUGGUGCCCCUUGUAUCGCCCCCCAACAUCAACAACAGCAUAUGAUGCUCAUGGCCGCCCUUGCCGCAGCCGCGGCUGCCGCACAAGAUGGGCCGGAUUCAUGUGCAAAAUGCCCCUGUCCAACAUGCGCGUAUUAUAGGGCAUAUUACCAUCAUUUCAUGAGCACGAAUGCUGAGACGCGAUGCCCAUCCACGUUGCCCCUCCCACUUCCUGCCCUCCCGCUCCCCAAUACCAUACCCAACGCGACGCCGCUCGUGGCAGGUGCCCGCAGGGGCGAUGAAGGUGGUGUGUUCCGCAACAUCGGCGCGGUCCCGGUUAUGUCGAUGCGGACGUCCACACUCGAAACCGGUCCGGUCUCGAACGCGACACCCACCCCAACAGACAGCGCGAUCGCUCCCGCCUCCAUGGUGACCGAGAGCCCCCCUCUGGAGGAGUUCUACCAGCGCUUCGUGGGUCACAUCGCGGACAUGGCGUGCACUUCAUCGGGAAAGACUUUCCUUCAGGCCUUGUUGCGCAGCCAAGAUAUGAACGUAUUGGAUUGUAUCAUCAAGGAGUUCUGUGAAGCCGGUUUGAACAGGAUUGCGAUUGACAACAACGGCUGCCACUUACUGCGGGCCGUUGUGGAGCAGUGCUCCGCGGGGCAAGUAACGGCGCUUAUUGGGUGCCUCAACGAAACACUCAUUUUGAACAUGUGCACCGUGUCUCAAUAUACUCGUCGCACAAUACAGUCACUCUUUCAAACACACUUACAGAAUGGCGUGGAUUUGCAGUCAGUUCUGACGGUCUUGUCACGGAAUGCCUCAUAUCUUGCAGCCACUCAGCAAGGCUGCAUCUCCCUGAUGCGUGUAUACGAAGUAUGUGAUGAUGCCCGUAAGGCGCUUAUCAUGGAACUGUUGUUGCCCUCUUUGGCUUAUAUCGCUCUCGACCCCUACGGCAACUAUGUCGUCCAAUGUGCCAUUGAACACAGUAACAAAAUGGUUGCUGCGCAAUACGUUGUUAACUACUUCGAAGGGCAUUUACUGUGUAUGAGCUGCGACAAGUAUGCCAGUAAUGUUGUCGAGAAAGUGAUCCGCUUCUGUGGUGACGUUCCGGCUGUGCGGCGGAUGCUGCUAGACGAGCUUGUUUACAACCCUGCAUCCUUGCAGGAGAUGGUUUUCGAUGGGUUUGGUAACUUUGUGGUGCAGUCUCUUAUUGAAUCCUCCCAACAGCCGAUGGAAUUAAAACGGAUACAUGACCGUCUGAAGCCCGCCCUCAUUAAUAGUCCGUUUGCGACCAAAAUCGAAGCAAAACUUAAAGCCCAGCAGCGUUAUGCAGGAGCAAGACCAGCCACGAUGAUGGAUAAGAGCGUCAACAGCAAUGAACGCAAUAUGGAUUGGACCCCUAAUUCAGCUGGGUCAUUUUCAAUGCAGCAACACAGUCGUACGGCACAGAACCUCCCUCUGUGUCCACACCCAGAAUCCCCUUCAAGGGCUACUCCCGUCAACAACACCUGCAGUCGUCAAGGCCAAAAAGCAGCAAGGAAGCAGGCUCGAUCUGCGCAAUGUAAGACCCUUCCGCAAGCGAAAGGGUCCGGGAACUAA